AUGGAUUCUGGUAAAUCACCUCUUGCAAUGCUUGCAAAAACUUGCGAAACAAUUGGCCUUCCCGACACAUCGAGCCGUAAAUCCAGUAAGGACGGUGACAAAUCCAGAGAUCGCACCAGUCCAAGUAGUAGUACGUCUGGUGAGACAAAAAAGGAGGAACCUAGUCCAACAGCAAAAAACAAAAAAGAAGGAUCGAAAAGUCCUCGUCAUAUAGCGCACAGCCCAUCGGUUGGAAAGAAGACCCCGAUAAGUUCUGAACCAUCCACCAGUGCCGCCGCUUCGUUACCUGCAAAUCUGAUGCUCAGUGCACGAGGCUGUUUCCCUAUGAAUUUUUCACCUCUUGCGACAAGCUUUCCGGCCUUCCCUUAUCCAUCUCUCAUGCCUGGAUUCCCAACGGUUCCCACUUUUGCUGCUGCUGGAGCGUUCCCAACUGGAUCAUCAAAUCCAUUUUUACGAUGUCCAGAUCCACUAACUUGCAAGGGAUGUCCAGCAACUAUGAUGACAAGGCCAUGCGUAACUCCAGGUUGUACAAGUUGUACAAUGCACUGUGCUGCUGCUGCUGCUGCUGCUAGUACAACACCUGCCGAUUUGAUGAUGACUUUCCCACCAUCCUUUUUUGCUGCUGCUUAUAGUCCACUUCUGUCAGGAACAUUACCACCAACAUCAAGUUCAGCAGCUCAAAUUGCUUAUCAAAAUUUGAUGGCUGCAGCUUCUGGACAAGCAACGAAGCAUAUUUGUAAUUGGAUAGAGUCGUCAAAUGGUGUUUGUGGAAAAUCGUUUCCAACUGCCGAUGAACUUGCUGCACAUAUGAAGGCGGCUCAUGCUCCAUCAACAACAAGUUCAAACAGUAGCAAUGAUCUAAAAACGAGCAGUUCACCACGUUCAACCACUACAGCAUCGUUAAUUAAUCACGCUGCAGCGGCCGCUUCCCUUCGUUAUCAUCCGUAUAUGAAACCAAGUGGUUUGAUGCCAGCUGUACCAAAUCCACUUGGAAUACCUCCAUUCCCGACAAUGACAAGCUUUCCUUCAGCUGCUGCUUUGCAGGCCAUGUAUACUCAACGUCUUAUGGCUACCAUGCCUCAUCCGUAG